AUGUUCGUCGAAAAGAGCAACACUCCUUUGUCUCAGAAACCAAGUAAGAAAAAGACCAGGCCACAGGGUCUGCCUUCUCCAGCCCUUUGCUGUGCUUGUGGUCUAUGCAUCAUGCUAGCAGGGAUUAACAUCACUCUAGUGGGGGCCUUUGCAUUUGGAACAUUUCUGCCUGUUAACAACCCUCCUAUUGUCAUUGGGCCCAUCCUUUUGGUGGUUGCAUUCACUUUCUUUGGGGCUUGUUGCAUCUGCAGCCGAAGGCCACCUGCUCAUGGCACAAGGAAAUCUAAACCUGGGGCUAACAUUGGGCUCAUCAAACCUGGCCACACGGCCUUUGAAAUUGAAACCAGUGAGCAUACUGUGCAAGACACGACUGCUGUGCAGUUGAGCCCAACCAACUCUCCAACAUCCUCCAAGAAAUCUACACCGAUUCAUGAGAAUUCUAAAACCUGCAAACUCUUUACAAUGGACAGCAAUGGGCCAGCAGCCAAAUACACAGCUGGUGGAGAAUCAAUACAGCUGAAUUUGCCCAGAGACAUUGCUAUGUCAUAA